AAAAAAUGAAUUGUCAAUAAGCGUGAGCGACUAAGCGCAAAGGUUAUUGGAAUCACCCCUUUUUUCUCCUUUUUUAUUCUCGCAGAAACUGUUUUUCUUUUUCUCCAAACUCAAAAAUAAAUUUCUUUGUCUACCGUAACUGGAGCUUCUCCAAUCAUAGUCUGUUGCCCACUCACAUCGGGUAAGACAGUAUACUGGAAUGUAAGAAUUUUUUCUUCAAGAACUUCAAACAAUGACUCUGGAAAAUUGUCUUAGUCCUACCCUGCAGUUCAAGACCCGUGAUAUUUUUGGUUCCAACUUAAAAGCUAUCAACUUUUUCUCCAUGCAAAACAGGGGUAAGCAAAACAAAAUCCCAUUCAAUUCAUUAGGAUUUGCCUGAGUACCUUUUUGCUUUUGGCUGAGGCUUGAGUACCAGUCUAUGUAUUUGUGGUAUGUCCUGCAUUUUAGUCUGGAACUUUUUGGGACACUGCAAUUGUGAAUCUAAUUCUGUGCCCUUCAUGCAAAUGAAUUCUGGCUGUAAUGUAAAAUCCAGUGAUUUUCUAUAGGUGUUAAUGUCAAGCCACUAGUGGUUGAAGCAAAGGGAAAGCCUAGAACAGAAAGUGCAAAAAUUAGAAACAGAAGAAUGCGAAAGAAGGUAUGCUUCUUCAUGUUAAGAAAACUGCAAAAUAUCAUAUCUAACGAGGACUUGUAUAUUUGGAAGCGUUGUUAGCUAUUAUACCAUUUUUCAGACAACCGAGUUUAAUGGCACUCUUACAAGACCAAGGCUUUCAGUUUUUUGUUCAAACAAGCAAUUGUAUGCUAUGUUGGUAGAUGACCAGAACAAGAAGUGUUUAUUUUAUGGGAGUACGCUGCAGAAAUCUAUUUGCAACAAUCCCCCUCAUACUACCAUAGAAGUUGCUCAACGUGUAGGAGAAGAGCUUGUCAAGGCUUGUGGUGAUCUUGGCAUAAAGGAAAUAUCAUCUCAUGAUAGAAACGGGUUUGUGAGUGGAGAAAGAAUGCAAGCCUUUGAGAUUGUAAUUGCUAAACAUGGGUUCUUGCCUCGGUAGGUUGCUGUACUCUUGUUGCUAAUAUCUAUAGUCCAAAUAAUAUUGCUUGUAUAAUGUUGAGAUCAAGCUUGCUUUUCCUGGAUGGCCAAAAAAAAAAAACAAAGAGAAAAGAACUUGAUUUUCCAGCAGCUUUACUUGUUAAAACUUUACUUUCAUCUAGGAUGCCUUUUUGUGGCAUUUACAUGAUUCAUGUUUUCUUAGAGAUAAAGUAAGAUCUAUACA